AUGGGAAAAGUUGGACUAGAUCUAGAAACACCGCAACUUCCACAGUCGAUCUCAUCAAACAUUCCUUAUAUUGGCCAUGUGCUGGGUUACGUUCGAGGUGGGCACAGCUAUUUCAGCUCUCUCUGUACGAGAACGUCGCUACCCGUAUUCACGAUCCGAAUGGCUAAAGUAAGGAUGUCCCUCGUGAAACCAGAACUCACGAGAGACCUGCCAAAAGUUCGACAUCUCAGUUUGGGCCCGCUAGUGCUGCAGAUAUUCCGGAGAAGCCUGGAGCUGGGGGAGUUUUCGUGCUCGCUGCUAAAGGAAGAUGACGAGCUGAGUCGAAAGUUCGCUCGGGAGGUAUCGCGCCUCUUUCGCGAAGAGUUCAUUCCUAACCGGAAUCUUCGCAAGUAUGUUGAGGAAAUCGACGGAUACGUCCAUCAUGCUGACUUUGGAAAUGUUCACAGGAUGGCGAUAGAAGGUGGUCAGAAGAUCUUUAUCGAAGCGUGGAUUUUCAAGACACUUGUGAGUGGGCUAGGAAAGUCGUUGUGGGGAGGUGAUAAUGGACCUUUUGGUGACCCAGAAUUCGUAACGCACCUGCGCACGUUCCUGAUGAACAUGAAGCGCCUGAAUGCACCCUUCGACUUUAUGAUCGACAAUAAACUGCUCACAUCGCGGCGUUUCGUUCGCGAGCGCUUAGAGAAAUUCAGUUUCGAGGAGUAUGUAGAUAAAUGCGUGAGUGGAAACACCGAUGCAGUUGAAGAGAGCUUCCUCGGUCGAGUUCGCGCAUUAUGCUUGACCCACGGAGCUGCAGUAGAGGGCUGGACAGACUACCAGCUCCUGCUAAUAGCUGGCCUAGGGCCAAACGUCACGGCGGCUUCGACGUGGAUGUUUCACCAUCUGCUCGCUGAUCCGGAAUUACUGGUGAAAGUUAGGAAAGAGCUAGAUGAGUUCGUCAAGGAGUCGGAGGGCUCAGUCGACGUCGCGGAUAUGUCAGAGGCAUGCCCACUACUGCUAGCGACCUGGUAUGAGGUCCUCCGAUUUCAUGGAGGAUUUUCGCUUGGCCGCUAUGUCCACGAGGACACGACUCUGGCCAGCAAGUACUUGCUCAAGAAAGGUUCGUACGCUCUCGCGCCACUGCGGCCACAUCACUUUGACCGCCAGGUCUGGGGCCCUGCUGCAGCCGAUUUCCUUCCUGGGAGAUUCUUGAAGGAGGAUGGAAGCCUAGACGAAAUUCAGAGGAGGAAACUUCGCGUUUAUGGUGUGUUUGGCACGUUAUGUCCAGGGAGGUAUUUGGCAGUUCAUAUGGCGAUGGCACUCACAGUGCGGCUCUUGUUGGCAUUUGAUAUGACGCCUUUGAAUGGAUCGCAUACGCUACCACACGAAAGUAAAGACACAGUCGCAGGGUUGGCAACUCCAGCUUUUGAUGUGGAGGUUGCAAUGAGGAAACGAGAUAAUAUUUGUCAGGGGGUGAAAAUACGGUUCAAAAGUAGCAGGCAGGCGUUCUAG